AUGGGGGACUCCUCUGCAUCAUACAUACACAUGGUAGUGCAGCACCUGAUAGAGAAGUGCUUGAUCUUCCGCAUGACGAAAGAAGAGUGCAUGGAAGCCCUUUCUAAGCAUGCAAGCAUCACACCAGUUAUCACUUCUACUGUGUGGAAGGAGUUAGAGAAGGAGAACAAGGAAUUCUUUGAGGCGUAUUCUCAAUCUCAGGGCAAAGAAGAUCGAAUGUCUGAGGCCGAGACGAACGAGAUGAUUCAGAAGAUGAUCUCUGAUCAUGAGCAAUCAAAAGAUCCCAUAGAGUAA